UUCCACGAAGGCGGGCUGCGUCCCAGUUAGAUCUAGACGUAGGGCAAAUCUGGAAUCCCUGACCCAGACCCUAGUCCGGGGGGCUCAGAUUGGCCUUUCCGGAGGGCGCGGAUUGCGGGGGGGGCGGGGCUGCUGGGCGCCCUCCCGGGCCGCCCUGACCUCAGGCUCCUCCUCCUGUCGGCCUCCCCGCCCUUUGCACGGUCCCGGGAUAGGCGGGGCGGCGGUGGCGGCUGCAGAAGCGCAGGAAGCCGGGCGGUGGCCGACCGGGAGGAGGAGGAGCGCGACGGCGGCCAGUACUACUUCCCUCAGUAGUACCGCGCCGCUCCGCCCUGGAGUGACGCCCUCCGCCCAUGGGCCUGGCCGAGGGCAACCGGCGGGCGGCGCGGAGGAGGCGGCGGCGGCGGCAGGUGGCGUGCAGCAGGGUUGGAGCCUGGUCGGGCCAUGGCCGCCUCGGAGCGGCUCUACGAGUUGUGGCUACUCUACUACGCGCAGCCCCGGUGCCUGCAGGGACUCCCUCACCCCCCAGCACUGCAGCCUCAAGCCAUGGGGCCCAGGUCAGAGCCAGGCUGAGGAUUCCCCGGGAGAAGAGAAGGACCUGGGCUAUCUGCAGCAGUGGCUGAAGGCCUUUGUGGGUACCUUCGAGAAGAGCAUCUCACUCUCCUCUCUGGAGCCACGCAGGCCGGAGGAGGCAGGUGCGGAGGUGCCGCUGCUCCCUCGGGAUGCGCUGCACGUGCUGGCCGAGCGGCUGGACGAGGGGGACCUGGAGCAAGCCCUGCUGCUGCUCAAGCUCUUCGUCAUCCUCUGCAGGAACCCGGAGAAUGUAGAGGCAGGCUGGGGCCAGGUGCUGGUGCCCCGGGUGCUGGCGUUGCUGACCUGCUUGGUGGCCAAGCUGAAAGGACCCCCACCACCGGAGAAGGGCCAUGGGUCCCAGCUGGAAAACGUAGCCCUGCAUGCCCUGCUCCUCUGUGAGGGCCUCUUCGACCCCUACCAGACCUGGCGGCGCCAGCACAGUGGGGAAGUCAUCAGCUCCAAGGAGAAGAGCAAGUACAAGUUCCCUCCUGCGGCUUUGCCCUGUGGAUUCAGCACCUUCUUCCGAGAGAGCCUGCAGGAUGCAGAUCACUUGCCGCCUGUGCUCCUGCUGCGUCUCAUCCAUCUCUUUGGUGCUGUCCUUGCAGGAGGGAAGGAGAACGGGCAGAAGGCUGUGAGCGCUGGCACUGUUCAGGGCCUGCUGGAUGUGGUGCGGGGCUGGGGCCACGGGCCAGCCCAGGACCCCCGCCUAGUGCCGCUGGCACUGGAGGCACUGGUGGGUGCGGUACAUGUCCUGCACGCCAGCCGCACACCCCCCCGGGGGCCAGAGCUCCGAGCCCUGCUUGAGGGCUACUUCCGUGUCCUUAAUGCCGACUGGCCAGCCGGGCCAAGCCUGGACCCCGAAGAGGCCCUCAUCACCCUACGGGUCAGCAUGCUCGAUGCCAUCCCCAUGAUGCUGUCAUGUGAGGACCGGCCAGUGCUGCAGGCCACCUUCCUCAGCAACAAUUGCUUUGAACACCUUAUUCGCCUCAUCCAGAACAGCAAGCUGUACUUGCAGGCCCGGGCGCCCCCUGAGGGGGACAGUGACCUGGCUACCUGGUUACUGACCGAGCCCGAUGUCCAGAAGGUACUGGACCAGGACACAGAUGCCAUUGCAGUCCACGUAGUCAGAGCGUUGACCUGCAUCAUGAGCGGCUCCCCCUCCGCCAAGGAGGUGUUUAAGGAGCGCAUCGGCUACCCUCACCUGCAAGAGGUUCUGCAGAGUCACGGUCCCCCCACCCAUCGACUGUUGCAAGAGCUGCUCAACAUGGCUGUGGAGGGCAACCACAGCACGUGUCCGCCACCACCAAUCCGCAAUGAGCAGCCGGUGCUGGUGCUAAUGCGGUGGCUGCCAGCACUGCCCACAGCUGAGCUGCGGCUCUUCCUAGCACAGCGCCUCUGGUGGCUCUGUGACAGCUGCCCUGCCAGCCGUGCCACGUGUGUCCAGGCCGGUCUGGUGGGCUGCCUGUUGGAGACACUCAGCGAGGGGGCAGCCCUGGGGGCCCGCUGCCAGGAGCAGCUGCUGGCGCUGCUGCAAGCAUUGGGCCACGUGUCACUAAGGCCCUUGGAGCUGCGUCGCCUGCUUCGUCCCCCAGCAGGUCUGGACUCAGGGCCGGGUGGAGCUGAGGCCGGGGCUGCCCGACACGCAGGUGCCACCAUCCGCGCGCUCUCAGGCAUGGCCCGGCGCCAGGGCCCGGCACGAGCCCUGUGCUACUUUGACCUCACGCCCAGCAUGGCGGGUAUCAUGGUACCCCCUGUGCAGCGAUGGCCAGGACCUGGCUUCACCUUCCAUGCCUGGCUGUGUCUGCACCCCACGGCUGUAACACCCGCCCCGGGCCCCACCCGGCCGCUCCAGCGAAAGCAACUGUACAGCUUCUUCACCAGCAGCGGCUCAGGGUUUGAAGCCUUCUUCACGGCGGCUGGGACCCUGGUGGUGGCCGUGUGCACCCGGAAGGAGUACUUGACCAUGAGCUUGCUUGAAGUGUCCUUUGCCGACUCUGCCUGGCACUGUGUGGCCAUUGUCCAUGUGCCCGGGCGCCGGCCCUUCAGCCAGAACCUGGUGCAUGUCUACAAAGACGGCCAUCUGGUGAAGACGGCACCCCUUCGCUGCCCCUCCCUUAGUGAGCCUUUCUCCUCCUGCUGUAUCGGCUCUGCUGGGCACCGCACAACGACCACCACCACGGGCCUACCUGCGCCACCUGUCCCCGCUGCCCUGGCUCACACUCACCCCUCCCUCACCCGCUCCCAGUCAGUCCCGGCCACCACAGGGCUUGGCUGGGGGUCCGGGCUGGUGGCCCCUCUGCAGGAGGGCAGCAUCAGCUCCACCCUCGCAGGCACACAGGACACUCGGUGGGGCAGCCCCACAUCCCUGGAGGGCGAGCUGGGGGCUGUGGCCAUCUUCCAUGAAGCCCUGCAGGCGGCAGCCCUGCGGGUCCUGUGCACCCUGGGGCCCAAUGAGACAGCACCCUUCAAGCCCGAGGGUGAACUGCAUGAACUUGGCACCAAGCUGCUCCUCCAUUACUCACCUCAGGCCUGUAAGAACAACAUCUGCCUGGACCUGUCCCCUGGUCACGGGCUGGAUGGCCGCCUGACAGGCCACAGGGUGGAGACCUGGGACGUGAAGGAUGUGGUGAAUUGCGUGGGAGGCAUGGGUGCCCUGCUGCCCCUGCUGGAACGAGUGGCUACACAGCCCCAAGAAGCCGAGGCAGGUCCAGCAGAAACACAUGACCUUGUGGGGCCUGAACUGACCUCUGGCCACAACGCCACCCAGGGACUGCUUCUCCCACUGGGCAGGUCCUCAGAGGAGCGAAUGGAGAGGAAUGCAGUGGCUGCCUUUCUGCUGAUGCUGCGGAACUUCCUACAGGGCCAUGCUGUGAACCAGGAGAGCCUGGUGCAGUGCCAGGGGCCUGCCAUCAUUGGGGCCCUCCUGCGCAAGGUCCCCAGCUGGGCCAUGGACAUGAAUGUGCUCAUGUCUGCCCAGCUUCUGAUGGAGCAGGUGGCAGCCGAGGGCGGUGGGCCCCUCCUGUACCUGCUCUACCAGCAUUUGCUCUUCAACUUUCACAUCUGGACCCUUAGUGACUUUGCUGUGCGCCUGGGCCACAUCCAGUACGUGUCUAGCAUAGUCCGUGAGCAUAGACAAAAGCUCCGGAAGAAGUAUGGGGUCCAGUUCAUCCUCGAUGCUCUGCGCGCUCACUACAGCCUACAGCGGGAGCACCCCCUAGCGGCUGAUGACCUGCGCACAGUGCAGACUUCACUCCUGGGCCUGGCGCGGGAGUUUCUGGUGCGGAGCUCUUCCGCUGAUGACCUGCAGGUGGUGCUGAACUUUCUGGCGGCUGCGGGUGAUGAUGGCCAGGUGCUGGGUGCGCUGGACCUGCUGCUGGCACUGCUGCAGGGCUCGCCAGCACAGGAGUCUUUGGCUGUCUUCCUGCUGGAGCCAGGGAACCUUGAGGUGCUGCUGGCACUGCUGGUGCGGUCAAGGCCCAUGCCCUUGCUGCCCGACCGAGUCUGCAAGAUCCUGCGCAGACUGCAGCAGAAUGAGCGCUUACCUGAGCGCAGCCGCCAGCGGCUCCGGCUGCGAGAGUGUGGCCUCCAGGGUCUCGUUGCCUGCCUGCCGGAGGGGGCUGUUUCCCCCCAGCUCUGCCAGGGCCUCUUCAAGCUGUUCCUGGGGGCAGAUUGCCUGAACCUCUCAGAUCUGUUGGCUGUGGUGCAGCUGUCCCUGCAGGCUGACCUCAGCAUCCGCCUAGACAUCUGUCGUCAGCUCUUCCACCUCAUCUACGGACAGCCAGACGUAGUGCGGCUGCUGGCCCGACAGGCCGGCUGGCAGGAUGUGCUGACCCGGCUGUUUGUCCUGGAAGCCGUCACAGCUGGCAGUCCCCUGCCCUUUACCCCCGAGCCACCCACCUCCCCGGAGCCAGCCUUACACAAGCCACCCACUGAGUCACCUGAGCCUUCGGACGUCUUCCUGCCCGCAGAGGUCCCCUGCCCUGACCCUGACGCCUUUUACCAGGCUCUUUCCCCAUUCUCCACACCCUUUGAGCUGGGCCCAGAACGGGCCAGUGUGAGUUCAGGCAAUACUGCUGGCGGUGGCAGUGGCAGUGGGACUCUCACUCCAGCCAGCCAGCCUGGCACCCCUUCCCCGCUGGAUGGGCCCCGGUCCUUCCCUAUUGCCCAGGGCCGCCACAGCUCCAGUCUCUCCAAUGUGCUGGAGGAUGGCAGCCUGCCAGAGCCCACCAUCAGUGGGGAUGACACCUCUAAUACAAGCAACCCUCAGCAAACCUGUGAGGAGGAGCUUUGUAACCUGCUCACCAACGUGCUGUUCUCGGUGACUUGGCGGGGAGUGGAUGGCAGUGACGAGGCUGCCUGGCGGGAGCGCGGCCAGGUCUUCUCCGUGCUCACCCAGCUGGGGGCCUCGGCCACGCUUGUGCGCCCACCAGACUGCAUCAAGCGCAGCCUCCUGGAGAUGAUGCUGGAGUCAGCCCUGACCGACAUCAAAGAGGCCCCCCUUGGGGUCCUAGCCAGCCUCACCCAGCAGGCGCUCUGGCUGCUGCGCCUGCUGCAGGACUUCCUGUGUGCCGAGGGCCACGGUAACCAGGAGCUGUGGAGUGAGAAGCUCUUUGAAGGUGUGUGCAGCCUGCUUGAUCGCCUGGGGGCCUGGCUGCACCUGGCCGAUGGCACAGCAGAUCUCCGGGAGAUGGCACAGAUUGGCCUGCGCCUCGUGCUUGGCUACAUUCUGCUGGAGGACCCACAGCUGCACGCCCAGGCCUAUGUAAAGCUGCACGCACUGCUGCAGACUGCAGUGCCCAUGCGCCGGGAGGAGGCUUGUUAUGUGCUCUCCAAGCUGGAGGCGGCGCUGGCGCGGGCGCUGAACACCCCAGCCUCAGAGACCCCCACCGGGGACGGGGAGCCCCCAGCUGCAGCCGCUGCUGCAGAGCGCUGCUCAUGGCUGGUACCGCUGGUGCGCACACUGCUGAACCGUGCCUACGGGCCCCUGGGGCUGCAGUGGGGGCUGCCUUCCCUGCCUCCCACCAACGGCAGCCCCACCUUCUUCGAGGACUUCCAGGCCUUUUGUGCCACCCCCGAAUGGCGUCACUUCAUCGACAAGCAGGUGCAGCCCACCAUGUCGCAGUUCGAAAUGGACACCUACGCUAAGAGCCACGACCUCAUGUCAGGCUUCUGGAAUGCCUGCUACGACAUGCUCAUGAGCAGUGGGCAGCGGCGCCAGCGGGAGCGGGCACGCGGUCGUCGGGCCUUCCAGGAGCUGGUGCUGGAACCUGCACAGCGGCGGGCACGCUUGGAGGGGCUGCGGUACACAGCGGCCCUGAAGCAGCAGGCAGCGCAGCACUCGACCGCCCUGCUGCACUGGGGGGCGCUGUGGCGUCAGCUCUCUAGCCCCUGUGGGGCCUGGGCCCUGAGGGACCCGCCCACCCCCCGCUGGAAGCUCUCCAGUGCCGAGACAUACUCGCGCAUGCGUCUGAAGCUGGUGCCCAACCAUCACUUCAACCCUCACCUGGAAGCCAGUGCCCUACGCGACAACCUGGGUGAGGCCCCCCUGACACCCGCAGAGGAGGCCUCCCUGCCUCUAGCAGUGACCAAAGAGGCCAAAGUCAGCAGCCUACCCGAGGAGCUGCAGGAAGACCAGCUGGGUGAGGAUGAGCUGGCUGCGCUGGAGACCGCGUUGGAGGCUGCAGAGCUGGACGAGCAGCAUGAGAAGCUGGUGCUGUCAGCUGAGUGCCAGCUGGUCACAGUGGUGGCUGUGGUCCCAGGGCUGCUGGAGGUCACUACCCAGCACGUGUAUUUCUACGACGGCAGCGCUGAGCGUGUGGAAACCGAGGAGGGCAUCGGCCAUGACUUCCGGCGCCCACUGGCCCAGCUCCGCGAGGUCCACCUGCGGCGUUUCAACCUGCGCCGUUCGGCGCUUGAGCUCUUCUUCAUUGAUCAGGCCAACUACUUCCUCAACUUCCCCUGCAAGAUGGGUGGGGCCACGGCCUCAUCUCCGUGCCAGGCCCCCAGGCCCCAACCCUGCCCCAUCCCACCCCACACCCAGGUGCGGAACCAGGUGUACUCGUGGCUCCUGCGCCUGCGACCCCCCACCCAAGGCUACCUGAGCAGCCGCUCCCCCCAGGAGAUGCUGCGCGCCUCAGGCCUUACCCAGAAAUGGGUACAGCGUGAGAUCUCCAACUUCGAGUACCUGAUGCAACUCAACACCAUUGCGGGGCGGACCUACAAUGACUUGUCUCAGUACCCUGUGUUCCCCUGGGUCCUACAGGACUAUGUGUCCCCAACGUUGGACCUCAGUAACCCAGUCGUCUUCCGGGACCUGUCCAAGCCCAUCGGUGUGGUGAAUCCCAAGCAUGCCCAGCUUGUGAGAGAGAAGUACGAGAGCUUCGAGGACCCAGCGGGCACCAUUGACAGAUUCCACUAUGGCACCCACUAUUCCAACGCAGCAGGUGUGAUGCACUACCUCAUCCGCGUGGAACCCUUCACCUCCCUGCACGUCCAGCUGCAGAGUGGCCGCUUUGACUGCUCUGACCGGCAGUUCCACUCGGUGGCAGCAGCCUGGCAGGCCCGCCUGGAGAGCCCAGCCGAUGUGAAGGAGCUCAUCCCAGAGUUCUUCUACUUCCCUGAUUUCCUGGAGAACCAGAACGGCUUUGACCUGGGCUGCCUGCAGCUGACCAACGAGAAGGUAGGCGACGUGGUGCUGCCCCCGUGGGCCAGCUCUCCUGAGGACUUCAUCCAGCAGCACCGCCGGGCUCUGGAGUCAGAAUAUGUGUCCGCCCACCUCCACGAGUGGAUCGACCUCAUCUUUGGCUACAAGCAGCGGGGGCCAGCUGCAGAGGAGGCCCUCAACGUCUUCUAUUACUGCACCUAUGAGGGGGCCGUGGACCUGGACCAAGUGGCAGAUGAGCGGGAACGGAAGGCUCUGGAGGGCAUUAUCAGCAACUUCGGGCAGACACCCUGUCAGCUGCUGAAGGAGCCACAUCCAGCUCGGCUUUCAGCUGAGGAAGCAGCCCAACGCCUUGCACGUCUGGAUACUAACUCACCUAGCAUGUUCCAGCACCUGGACCAGCUCAAGGCCUUCUUCGCAGAGGUCAUCAGUGAUGGCGUGCCCCUAGUGCUGGCCCUGGUUCCCCACCGGCAGCCCCAUUCCUUCAUUACCCAGGGCUCCGCAGACCUUUUGGUGACUGUGAGUGCCAAUGGGCUACUGGGCACCCACAGCUGGUUGCCCUAUGACCGUAAUAUAAGCAAUUACUUCAGCUUCAGCAAAGACCCCACCGUGGGCAACCCCAAGAUGCAGCGACUGCUGAGUGGCCCUUGGGUGCCAGGUGGUGGUGUGAGUGGGCAGGCCCUGGCAGCAGCCCCAGACGGAAAGCUGGUGUUCAGUGGCGGCCAUUGGGAUGGCAGCCUGCGGGUGACGUCACUACCCCGGGGCAAGCUGUUGAAGCAGCUCAGCUGCCACCUCGAUGUAGUAACCUGCCUUUCACUGGACACCUGUGGCAUCUACCUCAUCUCAGGCUCCCGGGACACCACAUGCAUGGUGUGGCGGCUCCUGCAGCAGGGUGGUCUCUCGGUGGGGCUGGCAUCAAAGCCUGUGCAGGUCCUAUACGGGCAUGAGGCUGCAGUGAGCUGUGUGGCCAUCAGCACUGAACUUGACAUGGCGGUGUCUGGAUCCGAGGAUGGAACUGUGAUCAUCCACACUGUACGCCGUGGCCAGUUUGUGGCCGCACUAAGGCACCCAGAAGCCACGUUGCCUGGACCUGUGUCCCACCUGGCGCUGGGGUCUGAGGGCCAGAUCCUGGUGCAGAGCUCAGCGCGGGAGCGGCCGGGGGCCCAGGUCACCUACUCCUUGCACCUGUACUCGGUGAACGGGAGGUUGCGGGCUUCACUGCCCUUGGUAGAGCAGCCCACAGCCCUCGCGGUGACGGAGGACUUUGUUCUGCUGGGCACAGCCCAGUGUGCCCUGCACAUCCUCCAUUUGAACAAACUGCUGCCGGCCGCGCCUCCCCUGCCCAUGAAGGUGCCCAUCCGCAGUGUGGCUGUGACCAAGGAGCGCAGCCACGUGCUCGUGGGCUUGGAAGACGGCAAGCUUAUCGUGGUGGGCGCAGGGCAGCCCUCUGAGGUGCGCAGCAGCCAGUUAGCGCGGAAGCUGUGGCGAUCCUCCCGGCGCAUCUCCCAGGUGUCCUCUGGGGAGACAGAGUACAACCCUGGAGAGGCGCGCUGACAGCCUGCCCUGCCCUGCCCCGCCGCGCAGCUCCGCCCCCAGCGGGCUUCGCCCUGGGAGGGCCCCGCCCAGGAGUCCAAGGAGAGGGUGACAUCCAGCCCACACUCUGGCAGGGGGUGGGCGGGGCCCCACCUCUGCCCAGCUCAGGGAUUGGUGGGCGAUAUCACUCCUGGAAGUCCCGCCCCUCGCCGGCAGAGGGGCCUCCCGGAGUCCCAGCGCUGGCCUCAGCAGCCGCACAGCACUUUUUGCACAGCCUGGGGUGGGGAGCCCAGGUUCCCAAGCCCCGUCCCGGCAGAGUACAGGGGCCGGGCCGUGGCCUUAAUCCUAAGGGCGGCCCCCCGCUCUCGCAUCUCCGCAAUAAACCUGGACUAGUUUUGUA